CCUAUUCUAACCCUCUGCAAUGCAGGAAUCUCAACUGAAGCAUCCAUGACAGAAGGUCACCCAACCUCUGCUCAAAAACCUCCUUCGUUCAGCGUUGCACCUGCGACUUCCAACACCGUUCCACUCCUUGCGCAGCAUGGAACCUCAUGUGUUGCUCCAGCUGCUGAAGUUACACCUUGAGGUAUUGGUUGCUGUGCUCCACUCAGCAAUCAGCCGAUGUAACGCCUAUCUUAUGAGUAUCAGAAGGCGGCAGAGGAGGAGAGUGCUGAUAGGGCGGGCGAUUCAGAACCACAUCUUGAGGACUAGGCGCAUCGUUCAAAGGAGGAGGAGCUGCAGACAUAUGGUUCCUAUCGUCACCUUGUUGGAAAGCGGGCCGAAAUUGCGGCGCUGGUGGGUCUGCCCCACCAAGCAGCAUUGGUGGGAGCGUUCCAUGCUGGGGACCCGGGACGAUGGAACGUGGAUCGAGAGCUUCCAGAUGAGCCGAGGGACGCUCUUCGAAAUUGCGGACGUGCUCCGACCCCAGCUCCAGAGGCAGAGAACUAUCAUGCGGGAAGCCAUCCCCGUCGAGAAGCGGGUCGCUAUCGCUGUGUGGUGGCUUUCUAAUCUGAAGUGCUACCGCGAAGUUGCAGCGCAGUUUGGAGUCGGGAGGUCGACGGUGGGAGAGAUCGUUCUGGAGGUGUGCUUUGCCAUCAAGCACCUCCUCGUCCAGAAGACAAUCUAUUUGGGCGACUACUGGAAGAUCAUGGAUGGUUUCAGGAAGAUGGGAUUCCCUCACUGCGUUGGCGCGAUGGACUUGACGCACCUCUCCAUAAUAGCCGCGACGGGUCCGGGAGACGAGUGCAACAAGCCAAAGAAUUUCUGUUCCAUUCUGCUUCAAGGGACAACCGACCACACCGGCCGUUUUACGAACAUUGAAGUGGGAUGGAGCGGGAAGAAACACGACGACGUGCAGAUCUUCCGCAAAUCUGCGCUGUGCCAGGCUAUGGACGAGGGCACCUUUGUCCCGGGGAACCCAACUAUCAACAUGCAGGGUGUGGAGAUCCCACCUCUAAUACUCGCCCAUAGCACCUACCCUAUGCGGAAGUGGCUCAUGAAGCCCUAUGGAGGCCCCUUGGACCAGAGGAAGGCCAUCUACAAUAGGACUUUCAACCACUGCCACAGCGUGGUCCAGCAGGCCUUUGGCAGGCUCAAGGCAAGGUGGCGUUGCCUCACGGCGAGGCUGCCGGUGGCAGAGGAGAACGUCUUGGCGGUGGUCACCGCGUGUGUCGUGCUGCACAAUAUUUGCGAGACCAAGGGGCACGCCGUUCCCGAAGGCGUGGACAUCUCUGAGCACGUACUCUUGGCAGCGUAUAACGAGGACUGCCAUUCUUACGAAACCAGCAGCGAGUCAGGAGGCGAGGAGGUGCGCAAUGCGAUCUCACGUUACCUGGCAGCAAAUACUGAAUGCUGAGAUCUGGACUCUGCAUUUUGGUGUGUUUUGGCAUCUAUUUUGUAAAUAUAAUUGCCUUGGUUACGCUGACACAUUUCAUUUGUGUGUAUGCCAUCUACAC